AUGUCAGCAGCCGCUCGUGCAUCAAAAAAAUGGAUUUGGUUAGGCGCAACAUUAGCAGUUGGCGGCGCCGGAUAUUUACUCUAUUAUGGACCUGGCCAAAAGCUUACUUUUGAAACUAAAAAGUCAGGUGGUGCAUCACAAACACAUCUAGCACCAGAUGCACUCGAUCCAAAUGCAUUUCGUUCAUUUAAAUUAUCGGAUAUUAAGCAAUAUAAUCAUAAUACAAAUGUAUUUACAUUUGAUUUUGAUAAUCCUACAGCAAAAUAUAAUGGUAAAACUGCUUCAUGUGUUUUAUUUAAAGCCGAUAUCGAUGGCAAAGAAGUUGUUCGACCAUAUACACCUGUAUCACGUCCCAAUACAAUUGGUCACUUAGACUUUGUUAUUAAAAAUUAUCCAAAAGGCAUCAUGAGUAAACAUGUUCAUGGCAUGAAAAAGGGUGAAAUAAUUGAAAUUAAAGGACCUAUUCCAAAAUAUCCAUAUGAACCAAAUAAAUUUGAAAAUCUUGUUUUAAUUGCCGGUGGAACUGGUAUAACUCCAAUGAUUCAAGUAAUUGAAGAAGUUCUUUUCAAUCCAAAUGAUAAAACAAAAAUAACAUUUUUAUUUGCUAAUGUAUCAUUAGAUGAUAUUUUAUUAAAAGAACAUUUGGAUAAAUUGACUGAGAAAUAUCCAGAUCGAUUUAAAGUUCAUUAUAUAGUUGAUAAAGUAACUAAAAAUGAAGCAAAAAUAUGGCAAGGCGAAGUUGGAUAUAUUACGGCUAAAAUGUUCAAAAAAUUAUCACCAAUGCCAGCUAAGAAAGACGAUGAAAAUCUUUUGGUUAUGGUUUGCGGUCCACCUGGAUUUAUGAAAUUACUUAGUGGAGAGAAGACCAAAGAUUUUAAACAGGUAUCAUUAUAA